GCUGGGAGAUAGUCAACAUCAGGCAGAAAGGGAGACUGAGGAAGUGAAUGAGGGCUUGAUGUAGGGUGUUUAGCGAAGGAGACGAAGAGUUUAGCUUGUUUUCCACAUAGGAAGGACAGACCAAAGAUAAAUUAUUGCAACCCAAAAUGCUUUGCCACGUUACGCGUCCGGAUUCGGUGGUAAUGGAGGUAGAGGUUGAUGCGAAAGCAAACGGGGAAGACUGUCUGAAUAAGGUUUGUAGGAAGUUGGGAAUCAUAGAGGUGGAUUACUUUGGGCUCCAGUAUUCUGGCAGCAAAGGUGAGAAUUUGUGGCUAAAUUUGAGGAACAGGAUCUCCCAGCAGAUGGACAGCUUGACUCCAUGCAGACUGAGGCUUCGAGUCAAGUUCUUUGUGGAGCCUCAUCUCAUACUGCAAGAGCAGACGAGGCACCUCUUCUUCAUGCACGUGAAGGAGGACCUCCACAGCGGUCACCUGCACAUGGGCCCGGAGCCGGCGGAGCAGCUGAGUGCCCUGCUGGCCCAGGCCGAGUUCGGGGACUACAACCAGAACACUGCCAAGUACUGGUACACGGAGCUGUGCGGCACGGUGCCAGACACGGCAACAAUCAACAGCAUCGUCUCGAAACACAAGGCGCUGGAGGGGCUGAGCCAGGCCUCGGUGGAGUACCAGGCCCUGCAGCUGGUGUCCUCCCUGGAGCACUACGGGGUGGAGUGGCACUGGGCCCGCGAUGCCGAGGGCCAGCGGAUGGCCAUUGGAGUGGGCCCAGAGGGCAUCACCAUCUGCAAGGAGGACUUCAGCCUCGUCAACAGGAUAUCUUACCCAGUAAUACAGAUAGCAACCCAAUCAGGAAAGAGUGUGUAUCUGACUGUCACCAAGGAUACCAGUGACAGCGUGGUCCUGCUCUUCAAGCUGAUCAGCACCAGAGCUGCCAGUGGACUGUACCGGGCCAUCACAGAGACGCACGCCUUCUACAGGUGCGACACGGUCACCAACGCGGUCAUGAUGCAGUACAGCCGCGACUUCAAGGGCCACCUGGCCUCGCUCUUCCUCAACGAGAACAUCAACCUGGGCAAGAAGUACGUCUUCGACAUCCGCCGCACGUCCAAGGAGGCGUACGACCACGCCCGCCGGGCGCUGUACAACGCCGGCGUGGUGGACCUGGCGCCGCGGGCGGGCGAGCGCACGCCCUCGCGCUCGCCCCUCCGGGCCACGCAGGGCGAGGCGGACUGCGGCAGCUGCGCGCAGACCCGCGCCCUGCAGGAGAGGCUGCGCAAGCUUCAGGAGGCGCUGCUGUGCAUGCUCUGCUGCGAGGAGGAGAUCGACUCCGCCUUCUGCCCCUGUGGUCACAUGGUCUGCUGCCAGACCUGCGCCGCCCAGCUGCAGUCGUGUCCCGUGUGCCGGUCGGAGGUGGAGCACGUACAGCACGUCUACCUGCCCACCUGCACCAGCCUACUGAACCUGACGGUGACGGGCAGUGCCCCCGUGCCCAACCGCCGGCCGCCCGCCCCGCCCAGCUGCACUACCAAGGACUACAGCACCAAUGAGAAGAUCUGCCAGACGUAAAGGAGGCGUGCCCUCCUGGCCACGCAUGCUAGCGUCUCCACGUUCCGUUUGUUAGCAUCCGUUCGUUUUGUUAGUGUUUGUUUUUGUGUUCGUUUGCCGCGCCAACUACCUUGUUACUCGGACAGGAAUUUCAAUCAGCUGUCGCAGAAUUAUUUUUAAAAAGCCAAUGAGGAUGUGUGUGUUUUUUGUGUUAAAGAUAUAUGCAGAUUUUUUGUUGGUUUGGUUUUAAUUAACGUGUCAGUUGAUCUGAUGAGCACUAGUGAUAGGAUUUUUUUUUUUUCUUGGUCCUCCAUAUUUUCUGCAGAACUAUUUUUGGCGCACAGCCUGAAACUUUUAUAUGAGGAGGAAAUUCUGUUGAAUUUUAUUAAGCAGUAAACCACACAUAUUUGUUCGUUUUUAUUCAUUAUGCAUUUUUAAUAUUGCUUUUACUCUUGUUUUCACAUCCAAAAACUUUGGUUUAGUAAUGUAGAAGAAAUGCAGUCGUGUGUGUGCGUUUUUGUGUGCAUUUGAAUUCCACAUGGUUUUCUCGCCAAUGAAGAGGUGUUUUGGGGAAAGCACAAACCUAGUCCAGCACUGAGUCCUGAAUAGAUCAGGGAUGCCUCGUGACUGCUGUGGUGUUGGUUCAUUCACAUGCAGAUCUAAGCGUUCUGGAAUUUUAACAGCACUCUGAAGGCGUUGUGUCCGUAGCUAUCAGUCCCCCGACAGCCCGGAUAAGUGGAGUUCACAUCGGGUGUUAUUGACACUUUUGGUAGAGGCAGUUCGGUGUUUCUCACUGACCAUUAGUUAGAGCAAUCAGAAUUUUUGGAGGAUAGCUGGAAAGAGGGAAACCUUCAUUUGUGCAAAAUCCACUCCUCAGAAUGCCACACCAGAAAAAAACUAAAAGGAUUUAACUUAUUUAGUUUGAACUUGACUAUCUCUGAUCAUAUUUGUAGGUUUGAUAUGAAACAAAAUUUGAGGUUUUUUGCCAUGGGAGUUAGUGCUGGCCACUAGUUUGUGCUUUUUAGCCCAACUUUUUUUUUUUACUUUUACUUUUACUUUUAUGUGGUCGACUAGUGAGUUCUUUAAUUUUAAAGGGUACUAGAAGAUCUGCCAGUGCAAUAUUAGAUGCUUUGGAAAGCAAAAGAGUUUGGUGAGUGGGGAGGAAAAAGAGGAGAUAAAAUCUACACUGUCACUUUAUCACAGAGGAUUCCCAAGUGUAUUACUCAUAGGGUUCUGCCUUAAUGUAGCAACACAAUGUGUCCUGUGUGCAUUCUGGGUCUUUGCACAGACAUUUGUCAAAAAAAAAAGAAUAGAAGAGGAUUUUCUUUCUUAUUUUAUAUGCUGACAAGUUACAGCACUGUCACUGCAGGGGACAUAUGUCAAUUUGUAUAACUAGGCUUGGUUUCUUUUUCUUUCUUUUUUUGAAAGCAAAAGCUACUCUGUAAAUGUAGAAAUAACAGAUCUUUUAUAUUUCUUGGAGGAAAGGUAUC